AUGUCCAAGUUACCCUCUACAGUCAAACUCGUCUUCUACGGCAGCAGAUGUUUAACGGAAAAGAUCGUCAACGUCGUCCUCGAUGCUCCCUUUAAGACAACAGCAAUCUCUCCGUUUUAUUCAGAAUUUCCUCUUGAUGUGACUGUUCAACAGGAAUAUUCCUAUCAACCUCCACUUGAUGCCGACAUCGCUAUUUGUGUAGUCGACCCAGUCUCUGGAUCGCCUGCUCCGACGGUGUACAACCCUAAUACUAUCCUGGUCUACACUUCCAUACCAACGACGUCCUAUAGACCACCGCCUCAUAUCCGUACCAAAAAGGUGUUAUUCAUCGAUCCUGGUCGCGCACGUGCCGGUCUCGACGCGAUUCGAGCCGACCCGUCGUCAUCUGCUGCAGUACAAAUUUAUCGACACGAUUUUCUUGGUUCUCGUGCCGGCGACAUAUUGCGGACAUUGAAGCAAUAUUUUGCGGAAUCGCCGACAAUCCAAGCGAUUCGGAAGCGGAAGCAGCUAGGUCAACUCGUGGUUGCGGAGACGGAGGUCAAUAACCUCCUAGAUAAAGUCUGCGACUUGCGUGCAUCCGUGGAAGAAGAGAAAGAGAAAGUCAUCAAGGAAAUCUUAGGUGGCGGUCGCGUUCGACACGCUGUAGCCCAGGCCAAGAAUGAUAUUACACCUUCGAUGGAUCGACUGACCUGGUGGAGGAUGAUAUGGCGCGUAGACGAAAUUAGCAACUAUGUACAAGAAGCUGUUGGGAGAGCUUGGUGUCGAGGAUUAGAAGAGCAUUUAACAUUCUAUUCAGGCAAGCUAACCGAUCUUCAAGAACGACUUGAAUGCCAGGCGUCUUCUCUUUUACCCUCUCAAGGUCCACCCUUUUCUCCUACCUCAAAUGCCGUACCAACGCCUCCCUUCAAUGUUAUCCGUAACCUUCUGCAACAGCAAUCCCGCCUUCCUUCAUAUGGCCUCCAUCCCGGCUCCAUGACAUCUCCUCUACGUAUACGUCUCUCUCAACUUGCAGCACCAACAACGGAACUUCACCUUACAGGCCAACGGGCCACACUCGGUAUGAGUGCUUCUGUAGCGUCCGCAGUCGGAUUCACCUGGGCUGCAUGGCUGGCUACAAUAACCACUUUUCAUCUCCCGUUACUCGGGACUAUCGAAUCCACCACAGCACUUGGUCUUGGUCUACUCUCGCUCACAGUUGGAGUCCGCAUAACUCAGUCUCAUGUGGAAAAAGCCAAGAAACGUUGGUGGGCAGACUUUGAUCGGGUUUCCGAGGGGUUGGAUAGGGACGUACGAAAGGCAGUUGAGACAGUGUUGGACGAGAAAGUGUUCGUUGUUGCGCGGAAGGCUUGCACUGAGAUUGAUAAAUGGGGAAAAGAAGCUAAAGAAGCCAUAGAGAAAAGCAAGGAUGCUCUUGAGACUGACAGCCACAGGGAAGAGAGUAAAAGGACUGCGCUUGAGUAG